AUGGACCACCCUGAAUUCUUAGAUUUGAUUAAUGUAACAUGGAGCAUUAAUGUCUCUGGAUCCCCAACUUACAUCUUGGCUCAGAAAUUGAAGGCCCUGAAGCAUGCCAUUCGAUCUUGGUUGCUGGAAGCUUUUUCCAAUCUGAAUCAUGAGGUGGCAAUUGCAAAAUCAGGGUUAGACGACAUUCAAAGGUGUCUCGAGGAGGAGGCCCAUUCUGAGCAGCUGGUCAAUUUGGAAGCUGAUGCCAAGACCAAAUAUUGGAAUGCAAUUGAUAACCACGAGAAAUUAUGGGUUCAAAAAUCAAGAAUUAGGUGGUUGAAGGAUGGGGAUAGAUGUUCAAGGUUUUUCCAUGUCAUGGCUAAAGUCAAGAGAGCUAGAAAUUCCAUCAGAAGCAUUAUCACUGAGAAUGGAUCUGAAGUCAGUGACUUGGAUCAAUUGGGGUCUUACUUGUCUGAUUUCUACGAGAAUUUUCACAAGAAAGUGGACCUCGAAUAUCAUCCUCAUAUUUUUAAUUGUAUCCCCAACAUUCUUCAGGACCAUGAUUGGCUUAUGCUUGAUGCUAUUCCAUCUGAUGAUGAGAUUAAAAAAGCGGUGUGGGACCUGGAUCCCGAUAGCUCCCCAGGGCUAGACGGGUUUUCGGGAUCUUUCUUCAGGAGGUGUUGGAUGAUCAUCAAUCUCGACGUUUGCAGAGUAGUUAAGGGAUUUUUCUCUUCUGGUAUUCUCCCUUAUGGAAUUUAUGCUAAUUUUUUACUGUUAAUUCCUAAGGUGUUGGGUUCAUUCAAAAAAUUCAUGGCUAUUACUGGUGUCUUCGAAGCAGAGGUGGAGGGUCUAAUGGAGGGUUUGAUGUGUGCUAAGGACAUGAAUGUUAUUCAACUUCGGGUGGAAUCAGACUCUAGUGCGGUGGUGACCAUGGUUCAUCAAAGGAAAAUUCCGUGGUAUGCUCUCCAGCAAUGGAUGCAUCUCUAG